GCAACGGGAUCUAAUCACUGUCAGCUUGCUCCAGACCAUUACCACGACGGCGGCGCGCGUCUGCUCACCAUGACUGUCCGCCCCCCUUCCCUCAGCGUCACAGAUCUGAAGAAGAUCAAGAACACGGUCAUCGGAAACCCCUCUGCAAAGGUUGAGCUCGCACAAGACGAGGACUUCAUCCGGACCCUAGUGCAGUGUUUAAACCACCCUCCACCAUCUUCAGACCCACAGAGCUCGCAGGAUGAUAUACGUAUCGAGGUCGCGCACAUCAUCGCUUCCCUCUCGUAUGGCUCAGACCGAGCUUUGGCUACUCUGUUACACGCGAACGCCUUGGGUUCCCUUCUCCUCGCCAUCUCCAACUUUCGUCCGAACGAACCCUCAAGACUCCGCGCCGCCUUCGCACGCGCACUACGUGCGCUCGGCGUCGCUAUCGCUGAUAUUGUCGGUCCCGCGCUGUGGGGACUUCGCCCAGACGACGACUCGGAGAUCAAAGACCGUGCGAAGGAUGCACUUAGCAUGCUCUUCCAGGAAACCACCCUCGACAUAUACGCCCCCCUGCUCGCUCAUCCGGCGACCGCGACGAGCGUCGCGUACUUGAUCGGCAUGUCGGUGCGCAGCGAGGCGCAUAGGAAGGCGGUUGUGGACUGGCUACCGCCGGCGGAGCGCGCGCAGGCAAACAAGAGUCGGCGGGGGUGGGAGAAGAGCACGGUGGCUACGGCAGCGUCAGCGGGAGUUGCAAGUAUCAAGGCGGCAGGUGGAUGGGUGGUCCAGAUGGUCGCGGGACUGCUGAAGGGGACACGAGAUUGCAAGUUGCAAGAGGCGGCGCUCCUAUGCUUAGCUGCGCUGGCGAGGGACAACGCGCCUGUAGCUGCUGCGCUUUCGAGAGGGGAUAGGGAAUGUCAGUCGUGUCCAUGUGUGGUCGACAUUCUCUCAUCCCUCCUUCAGCGACGUUAUCCACGGUCUUUCACCUCACAAGAUCCAAGUUCAGCGAUGUCGAGAUUGCAGCGUCGCUAUGCGCAUCCUUCAUCAUCCGUGCAAGUCGAGCCUCAACCCAUGCCCAUGCCCAUGGGCCCGCGACACAUUACGGACACAUACCUGCGUCCACUGCCAACGAUCAUGCCAUUCGCACGGUUUUCAACGUCGUCGAGCGCUUGAUGGCGCUCUCGCCGACAGACUCUGCACCCAUCAUAACGAAGGCGUGCUACGUCCUCUACUACCUUGUCACGGACGACAACGACCUAUGCCGCAUGGCUCACGAGCGAGGGCUUCUCACCCAAGCCUUCAACCUCUUCGAAGCCACGCAAGCAUUGUCCACCGCCCCACCGGGGUGCCCGCCCUCCGAACUCGAGGCCG